AUGAAUUUAUUUCGUCAAUUAAUUGAAAAUAAUGAGACAAUAGGUUCUCAAAUUCCAGGUUCCUUUAACGAAGAUAUUGCUGCUGGAGGAGCAAGAGCAGGAGGGGCUAAUGAUUCAAAUAGAUUACAAGGUGAGGAUCCUGGAAAUGAUAAUCAACGAAGAAGUUCUUUUAUUGGCAUAUUUGUUAGGAUUCCUAUUGCUAUCCUGUAUUAUUUCUUUAAGAUUCUGAUUGAAUUGGUGACAUUUUUGAAACCAUUGCAUAUUUUGAGUGGAUUUUAUCAGAAGAAACAUAAGAGAUUACUUGAUCGUAAUACCAGCAUGAGUUAUCUAUUGGAAAAGAUUAGUAAUGAGUCGGAGGUUAAUAGACACCCUGUGGCUAGUAAUGUUGAGAACAAUGUUACUUAUAAUUUUGGAUCCAUAUAUAACUUGGAUAAUAAUUCUUCGUUAUCCUCGUUAAUAGUUCAAGAUGGCUAUACAGAAUUAUUAGAAAUGUGUACAGAACAGUGUAAAUUUGCUGUGAUUUAUCUUCAUGAUCAUUUACUGUCGAACAGUACCCAAUAUAUAAAUCAGAUAAUGUGCACUGAACAAUUUAUUUCAACUAUAAAAAAUUACCAAUGCUUAACCUGGUUUGGUGAUGUGACUACUUCCGAAGGUUUACAAGUAGCUAAUGCAUUGAAAGUGAAAGAAUUCCCCUUCUUGGGGGUACUGUCAUUGAAUGGUUCUUCAAAAGUUGAACUUAUCUUCAGAUUAGAAGGUUAUAUUGAAAAUUAUGAUAAUAAUGUGCUAAAUGCUAUAUUAGCCAAGGAAAACCCGAAAUUAAUACAAUUAAGGCAGCAGAAACAGAACUUAGAAUUACAAAGAAUUAUCAGAGAGCAACAAGAUUAUAGAUAUCAGGAAUCUCUGAGACGAGAUCAGGAAGCUGCACUAGCCAGACAACAAAGUUUAGAUAAUGAAGCCAGACAACAAACAAGAGAAGUGCAAAGAAAAAAAUGGUUACUAUGGAGAAAGAAUGAGCUAAGGCCAGAACCAACUACAAAUACAAAUGUAUGUAGGGUAGCAAUAAGAUUGCCAAAUGGUGAUAGAAUUGUCAGAAAGUUUAAUUCUGAUUUGGGAAUUGAAGAAAUAUACGCAUUUGUUGAGUUGUAUCAAAGUGAUUUCCUGGGAAGUUCGCAUGAAACGACUUUGAGUUCUCCACCGGUUGGAUAUGAACAUCAUUAUGGAUUUGCUUUGUGGUCUGCUGCACCUAGAAAAGAACUACAACUCACCACUCGUAUACUAGAAGAGAAUAGUAUUUAUCCAUCCGGUAAUAUUGUUGUAGAAAAUAUAGACUGA